UUUUUUUUUCCCUGAGAAAGUAGAUUUGAAGUAUUAUAAAUCUAUAAUUUAAAAAUUAGGACUAAAAAUAUCUAUUCUACAAGAAUCAAUGUAAAUUGGGCUUAUCAACUAUUGAAGCAAUAUAACAAAAAGUUGCAAAUAUUUUUGUAACACUUAUUCAAAAUGUUAAAAGAAUCACCCUAAGAAACUGAAAGAAACUGAAAUUUAAGGAGGCUAUUAGAGUGAGGGACCUUUAAACAGGGAAGAGAAAUCAGGAACUACCCUUAGACUUUGCAUAGUUAAAGGACAUCAGGUUAAAUUCACCUUUUCUGGGAAGGGUAUUUUUUGUCUUAGAUUACCUGGGAGAUGUAUUCAACCUAAGCCAAGCAAUUCUGGGUAUCUUGUCAAUUUCAUGACAUGGUAGGAGUACCAGAAGGAUCAAUAUACUGUUUCCAUUUAAGAUCAUCUACAGUCCCUGGAAAUUCCCAAGGCUUUCCUCUCAGGUAUUAUUCAGGGCCAAUCAGCAUGGGUGGGGGGCAAACUGUGGAUUUUUGAUUUUAGUUUCUGAGUUCCCUGAUCCAGAUCAAUAGUCCUGUGAUUAUUCAGUGUCUUUAGAGCUUCCCUAAUUCUCCCUUCACAUUUGAGAUCCCGUGUGUAAAAGCGUUGUGUCAGCUGGAAAAAUGUUAUAUUGCAUUACCAUCAUUAGGUUUACUAGUUUUUGGUGGGGAGGGGAACUAUCCAAUUGUUAGUAUUACUAAUUUUCCUUUAUACAAAAAGAGAAGGAGCUAUGUGUUAUCUGAUUUUGGUGAUAUGUUUUAAGUCUGUGUUUAUACCUAUAAACAUUCAUCCAACAAACAUUUACUAAGUACACAUGUUCUACACACUGUGCUAAGGAAUGAUGGAUACAAAAGAAGGAGGUCACAAUCUUUGCAUUCAGGUAGCUUGUAUAAGAUGUGAGUAAGUAAAAUUACUUUUACAAAAUAGUGUUAUACAUGAUGUAACAUUAAAGCAUAGGCAGCUAUGAGAACAUGGCCCAGACUGCUAGAGCAAAGAUAAGGAGGUCUCUUGGCUUUGCUGGAAAAGCUGUUAGUUGGAUAGUUACUGGGUGGAACUUGUGCAAAGGCACAUAGACACGUAAUCUGUGGACUUUGAGAUGUAACCAGUUUACUAAGAUUUGUAGAACAAGAUUGGAGAGAAGGCAAGGCCGUAUAGUUAAUAAGUUAACUUACAUGGAAUUUAUCUUGGAGGGGAAGGGAGACAUGUUCCCUGGCCUGCAUGUCUCCCUGAUCCACCCAUGAUCCACAACUCACAGAAGCUAGCACAGGAACACCCAGUCUAUGAAAUGCUCAAGAACUGAGAAUGGAGAAAGUCCAGUUAGAGUUGGAGAACCAAGAGAUGGAAAAGAAACUACAAGAAUUCCAAUCAACAAGGAGCAAAGAAAAGGAAGAAAGAGGGUCAAGUGGGUAUCACUGGAAAUCUGGACAAGUUAGCAAAUUGGGUAAUCAUUCAUACAUGAUGUCACAAAAUAAAGGAAAUGUUAUUAAGCUUUCUGCUGGAAAAGUGAAAUUAAAAUUACUGAGGGAACAGCUUCAAGAGCCAGUGAAAGAGCCAUUUAAUUAUAAAAUGGCAAAUUCUUCUGAAAGUGAAAAACCCAAGAUAAAAGGGAAGGUUUGUGGACAGUGUGAGACCAAAGCUGCUCUGCUAGUAUGCCUUGAAUGUGGAGAAGAUUAUUGUUCAGGAUGCUUUGCUAAAAUUCACCAGAAGGGGGCACUAAAGCUCCAUAGAACAACUCUUCUGCAGGCAAAAUCUCAAAUAUUAUCCAAUGUGUUGGAUGUUGCCCAUCGGUUUAUAAAAGAAGUUAAUCCAGAUGAACUCAAAGGGGAGAAUCAUUCUGCAAAAGAGAUGAGUAAAAGUCAGCAUACACCCAAAUCUCUUCUUCUUCAGGGGAACAGCUCUGAGGUAGAAGUUUCAACAACAAAAAAAGAAGACUGUGCAAAUCCACGAGAUAGGCUUUUGUGUGAAGGGCCAUUGGAUGAAGAAACUUCUGCCCAAUCCUUUCAUGAAGUUUUAAAUCAGUGGAGAACUGGGCAUCGUGAUGACGAGAAAUGGAAUGUACAUGCAGCAAAACCAGACUCACUGGAAGAGUGUGAAGUACAAACUAAUAUGAAAAUUUGGACAGAACCACUUACAAUUGAAUUUAAAGAAGACAGUCUAUCCUAUAUGGAAAAAUUAUGGCUUAAAAAACACAGACGAACUCCACAGGAGCAGCUUCAAAACAUGGUGCCAGAGACAUUCAUACCUCCGAGUAAAACCACUGGCAAGGCACAGUGUUCUCAGAGUGAAAAUGAUGAAGAUAGUGAAGUUGAGGAUAUCAAAAUACAACCCCCAGCUCUUUUUCUGCCAGUAGAAGAAUUAAACAUAGAGAGACCUGAACCAUCUCUAAAAAUAGUUGAACUGGAUGAUACUUAUGAAGAGGAACUUGAAGAACCAGGAAAUAUUGUGCCUUAUAAAGUUGAAUUAGCUGAUGCAGACAGCCAACAAAGUCGUGCAUUUCAUCAUUACCAGAAUGCUUUUCUGUAUGAAAAGGAUAUCCACCAACACCAUGUUUUCAUCAAGGAGAAAACAAACCUCUUACAUCUUCUGAGCAACAGCUCCUCUCACUGUAAAGAUAAUUCAAAAGCAGGAAGUUCAAGUACAGAUUUUGAUGACAUUGUGGAUCCUGAUGUUUACUCUCCUGCUCAAACAUUAGAGGAAAACAGCUUUUUUGAGAGAAAUUUCAAAGAAGAAAGCAUAGAUAUAGAAACUAAUCAAAAGCAUGACUAUCCCUCUAUCUCACUUGAGAGCAAGGAUUCUUUGCCAAGUACAGAUUUAGAAAAACCCUCUAUUAAGGAGAAAUUAUCUCAAGAGGACAAGGAAUCCUUGGAAUUUAGCAACCUGCAUGAGGAUUCUAAUACUACAGAGUCACCACUGUUGUUACGAGAAAUAGCCCUCAGAAGUAAACCCAUAACUGAACAAUAUCAAGGACUUGAAAGAUUCUUUGUUUUUGAUAAAAAUGAAAGACUCAGCUUACUUCCUUCUCAUAGCUUAAAAUGCAGCUACUCCAGUACUAGGAUUACAAGUGCAGGAGACAGAGAAUGGAUCCCAGACCAUAGUAUAAAUGCACAUGUUGAUAAUGCAGUUGCUGUAGGUGUUCUGAAGAGUACCCAGCACCCAUCAUCAAGUGGAGCACAGCAGAAGACAGGCCAGACAUCACAGAGACCUUCAACGGCAAAUUUACCACUUUCCACCUCUGUGAAAAGAAGUUCCAGCUGUCUUUCCUCUUCUCAUCCCCAAUCAAGAAAUGCAGCUGCUCAAUCACUGUCUAGAGCUGCUUCUGAAAUUUCAGAAAUUGAAUAUAUUGAUGAUACUGACCACAACGAGCCUUUCUUAGAUGACACUGCUGAUCAACAAACCUUAGAUAGUUUGGAAGAAGAAUUAAAUGUGCUGAGAAAUCUUGCAGAUCCUUUGGAACAACUUUACAGCCUAACCACAGAAGAAUUACCAGCCUUCCACAACCAUUCGCUGAGUGUAAGUCAGACUACCCUAGAUUUCCUUAAGACCUCAUGUGCAAGGAGCCCCCAUGAAGUUGAGACACAGAGCUCUUCUGAAAAAGAUACUGAAAUUCAGUCUUGGCAGACACUUUCUGAAAGCAGUACAGAUGAAGAGGAAGAAGAUUUUCUUGAGGAACAACAUGUCAUGACAUUCCCAUGAUCACAGGUUACCUAGUGAUCAUUUGUUCAUUACUUUUUCCACUUUGUAUCCAGAGUAAAGCAAACAACUGAAAAAAGUUAUCAAGUGAUUACCUGU